AUGAGCACAAUAUUCACCGAAGUUUACAAUAGACAUAAAGAUAAAGUCAAACAAAAUGUUGAUUUACUUUACUUAUUUACCAAUUGGUAUAUUGAAUCAAGAAACUUUUAUUUGUUAAUUGAUGAUAACAAAGUCAAAUUACUUGAUAAUUUGAAAAUUAAUAGUGGCGACUUUCCAGUUAAAUUAGUUGAUGAUGAAGCAUCAAAUCAAGAACCAUUGGCAUCAACUAUGAAUGAAAUACGUCGGGCUUCAACAGCAUCAGAUCAAGGAGCUUCGGUUUCUUCUUCUUACGUUAAUAUCAAAACCAAAUGGCAACAACAUGGAAUAACCAUUGCUGGAGGAAAUGGUCAAGGCAAACAAUUAAAUCAACUCUCUUCUCCUUAUGGUAUCUAUAUUGAUGAUGAUGAUCAAUGUAUUUAUAUUGCUGACUGUGAUAAUCAUCGUAUUGUUGAAUGGAAAUAUAAUGCAGAGAUUGGUCAAGUUGUUGCAGGUGGAAAUGGAUAUGGAAAUCGUAUGGAUCAAUUGAAUGGACCAACUGAUGUGAUUGUUGAUCAACAGAAUGAUUCUCUUAUCAUUUGCGAUUUAGGAAAUAGACGAGUGGUACGAUGGCCUCGUCGAAAUGGUACAAAAGGACAAACAAUCAUUUCUGAUAUUGAUUGUUAUAAUUUAACAAUGGAUAACAAUGGAGAUCUUUAUAUCUCUGACUUUGAACGACAUGAAGUGAAACGAUGGAAAAUAGGAGACACAAAUGGAACAAUUGUAGCAGGUGGAAAUGGAAAAGGAAAUCAUCUCAAUCAACUCAAUCAACCUACUUCUCUCUUCGUUGAUCAAGAUCAUUCAGUCUAUGUAUCGGAUUGUGGGAAUCAUCGUGUGAUGAAAUGGAUGAAAAGUGCAAAGGAAGGGAUUAUUGUUGCUGGUGGACAAGGUGAAGGGAAUAGUUUGGCACAAUUGUCUUAUCCUGAAGGAGUGAUUGCCGAUCAGUGGGGUCAUGUCUAUGUGGCUGACUCUUAUAAUCAUCGAAUAAUACGUUGGUUGAAAGCAUCUAAAGAAGGUCGGAUUGUCGUUGGUGGCAAUGGAAAAGGAGAAAAACCAAAUCAGUUCAAUCUUCUCAGAGGUUUAUCAAUCGAUCGUCAAGGUAAUCUCUAUGUCGUCGAUAAUUCGAAUCAUCGAGUACAAAAAUUUGAAACUGAUUUAAAUUGA